UUGUCAUGAUACUGCCUCGCUUAAUUAGAACGCUUUAGACUUUUAAACAUUCACAGGGUUCUAGAGUCAGGAAACAUUCACAGGGUUCUAGAGUCAGGGAACAAUCACAGGGUUCUACAGUCAGGGAACAAUCACAGGGUUCUAGAGUCAGGGAACAAUCACAGGGUUCUACAGUCAGGGAACAAUCACAGGGUUCUACAGUCAGGGAACAAUCACAGGGUUCUAGAGUCAGGGAACAUUCACAGGGUUCUACAGUCAGGGCACAAUCACAGGGUUCUAGAGUCAGGGAACAAUCACAGGGUUCUACAGUCAGGGAACAAUCACAGGGUUCUACAGUCAGGGAACAAUCACAGGGUUCUACAUCAGGGAACAAUCACAGGGUUCUAGAUUCAGGGAACAAUCACAAGGUUCUACAUCGGGGAACAAUCACAGGGUUCUACAGUCAGGGAACAAUCACAAGGUUCUAGAGUCAGGGAACAUUCACAGGGUUCUACAUUUCUAUGCUAACCUUCUCCACAGUUCUAAUCUGGUGACAUAGCUGAUCACGUGACACGUCAUGACAUUAAAGAUGUAAUCCACAUUAUUCACAACACCAGUGUAGAAAAGAAAAGACUUUAAUGUUGCGUGUGUCUGCCUUCCUACGGAGACCCCCAGCGUUCAUGUGGGGCGUCUGCAUCAAUGGCAAGAAAUUUCAUUAGGGAAAAUGGAGCUUUUUUGAGGAGGAUGGACCCACCGAGGAAAGCCAGUUGGUCACCAAACAAUGGGAUUACGUUGAGAGGGCAACGCUCGUGCUGUUCCGGCCUGAAAAUGUUUCUUGUAGCUUUGUCCUUUGCAUACUUUUCAAAGACUUUAUCUGGGAGCUAUAUGAAAAGCACAAUAACUCAGCUGGAGCGGCGCUUCGACAUCCCCAGUUACUUGAUAGGCGUCAUUGAUGGCAGCUUUGAAAUAGGUAACUUGCUGGUUAUUGCCUUUGUCAGUUACUUUGGUGCCAAGCUUCACCGACCAAAAAUCAUUGCCACCGGAUGUCUUCUGAUGUCUCUAGGGACAUUCCUAAUUGCCCUCCCUCAUUUUAUUAUUGGACGAUAUAAGUUUGAAACUUCAGUUAGAUCUUCGGUGAACUCAACAUAUAACAUCACGCCAUGUCCAGCCAGUCCACCGAGAAUGCCGUCUGUGGGUACCCACCCCUCUGCAGUGUUGAACACAGCAGGUUGUGAGAACGAGUCCAGGUUAUCCAUGUGGAUUUAUGUGUUACUGGGGAACAUCCUGCGUGGAAUUGGUGAAACUCCGGUACAGCCUUUGGGAAUUUCAUACAUCGAUGACCAUGCUUUGGAGGACAAUGCUGCCUUCUACAUUGGGUUUGUUCAGACAAUAUCGGUCAUCGGCCCGGUGUUCGGCUACCUGCUUGGAUCUCUCUGUGCAAAGUUAUAUGUGGACAUUGGAUUUGUCAACAUGGAGGGUAUUACAAUCACACCAGGAGAUGCCCGCUGGGUGGGUGCCUGGUGGCUGGGGUACCUCAUAGCAGGCUUCAUCACACUGCUGUCAGCUGUGCCUUUGUGGUUCAUGCCCAAGUCUCUUCCUGCAUUAGAGGGUCAACUGUCCAAUUACUCUGCCGAGCAGACCAACUUCAUCACAGACUCGCACGCUGUACACCACAAAUGCCAGGCAGACAAGGCUACCAACUUUGUAGAAAUGGCCAAAGAUUUUUUGCCAACACUGAGAUCACUGCUGGGGAACCCUGUCUACAUUCUGUACCUGUGUGUAACAAUCAUCCAGUUUAAUUCUUUGAUAGGCAUGGUCACGUAUAAACCAAAGUACAUAGAGCAACAUUACGGGCAGUCAGCAUCCAAAGCCAACUUUCUGAUGGGAAUGAUCAACAUCCCAGCUGUUGCCUUAGGAAUGUUCUCAGGAGGAGUGGUGAUGAAGAAGUUCAAGUUGGGCAUCAUGGGAGCUGCCAAAUUCGCACUGGGAACAUCUCUGUUGGGCUACUUCCUGUCGCUGUUCUUCUUCAGCUUGGGCUGUGAGAAUGCCAGAGUGGCCGGUAUCACGGUGUCAUAUGACGGGACAGAGGAUAUCUCCAUGGAGCAUAGCUCUCUCUUUGUGAGCUGUAAUGCACACUGUCGCUGCUCUGAGACCGAAUGGGACCCGGUGUGUGGUGAGAACGGUCUCACGUACGUCUCUGCCUGCCUGGCUGGGUGCCGGAUGUCUCGAGGCUCCGGAGUGGACAUGAUGUUUGAACGGUGCAGCUGUGUGUCAGAGGGAAACCACACCGCCUCUGUGGGGCAGUGUAGACACCGAGAGAACUGCCAGCGAGUAUUCCCCUACUUCCUGGCUUUGUCCGUCAUCACUUCCUUCAUCAUCUCACUGGGUGGGACCCCAGGUUACAUGCUGCUCAUCAGAUGCAUCAAGCCAGAGCUGAAGUCGCUGGCGUUAGGAUUUCACACCCUAAUAACACGUACUCUGGCAGGCAUCCCAGCGCCCAUAUACUACGGUGCCAUCAUCGACACCACCUGUCUGAAAUGGGGACAUAAGAAAUGUGGAGGAAAAGGAGCAUGUAGAAUCUACAACACUACAGCCUACAGGAUAGCGUACCUGGGGCUGACGCUGGGCCUCAGGACGGCCUCCUUCUUCCUGUGUGUGUUAGGUCUGCUGGUCUUACAGUGGCACGUGAAGAAGCAGAAGACUAGAACGCUGACGAACGGAAACAACGGGACAGAACUGCAAGCGCUCAGAAAAGAAGAGAUCAGCAACUCGGAUCAGUCGCCGCGGAGCUCAGAUUACGGCCCUGACAGAGAGACACGCUUGUGACAAUCCUGUUAUUUUACAGCAUUUCAAAAAAAAAGAAUCUACUGAACAAUGUGAAGUACAGAACUUUAUUCUUGACAUCGGAAUGUACAUGUUUGUAGGUAUAAAAAAAUGGAGGAAGGCUACUUUCUUCUUUUAAAUGAUCUCAAUGUUAAUCGUGCAAAAGCUUACUUUGUAAACAGGAAAGCAAAACUCUUAUUUUUGUCUGUAUUUUUCUAAACACUAAAUUGAACAUAGCGCCGUGUGAGUGUGUGUGCAGGAACACGGUGAAUUAAAAGGCCGUCCCUGGUUUUA